GCUGACCAAAAAAAAAAAAGAGGGCGGAUUUGGGGCUCCCCCCCCCCAAGAUGGCUUUUCCUCUCGCGCUUGCAAAACGGCUCCCGGGAAAAAGAAGCAGUAGGCGUGGGGGACUCGUAUGUGGCCGAGGGACCAGAGUCCCCCUUGAGGGGGAAAGAGAAGCGCCUUCUCGACUGGGUUGGGGAAGGCUUCGCCCCCGCGUGUCUGAAUUAAGCGAAGCGCGGAGAACAGAAAGGCGGCGGCGGGGGAGGGACUUUUAAUCCCUUUUACGGCACUGGCAUGAACAGAAUUCGCAUUCAUGUUUUGCCUUCAAGUCGCGGGCAGCUCACUCCUGUGCCAAGGCCACAAGAAACCUUGUCCUGUGCCUUUGCUCACCGUCCAUGCUCUCAGCCUCGUUUGGAAGGGCUCGAGUUCUGCAUUAAACACAUCCUUGAAGACAGGAAUGCACCCUUCAAGCAGUGCAGCUAUAUUUCCACUAAGAAUGGCAGGAGGUGCCCAAACGCAGCUCCCAAGCCGGAGAAGAAAGAUGGUGUGUCAUUCUGUGCUGAACAUGCUCGGAGAAACGUGUUGGCCUUACAGGCUCAAAUGAAAAAGUCUAAUCCUAGCCCUGUGAGAGAGUCUCUUCUCUGUCAGCUGAGUUCCUAUGCCAAGACGGAGCAGGGCUCUCAAACUGCAGAAAACAACCGCAGUGAGGGCAGUAGGAUAUUGGAUGAAGACAGCUGGAGUGAGGGAGACCAGGAGCCUCUUACUGUGGAUCAGACAUGGAGAGGUGAUCCUGAUAGUGAAGCAGAUAGCAUUGAUAGUGACCAAGAGGAUCCUUUAAAACAUGCUGGUGUGUAUACGGCUGAGGAGGUGGCACUGAUCAUGCGAGAAAAACUGAUCCGGCUACAAUCUCUGUAUAUUGAUCAGUUCAAACGGCUUCAGCACCUUCUGAAAGAGAAGAAGCGCCGGUAUUUGCACAGCCGGAAGGUGGAACAUGAAGCCAUAGGUAGCAGUCUCCUGACAGGCCCAGAGGGUCUUCUGUCUAAAGAACGUGAAAACUUGAAGCAGCUGAAAUAUUUAAGGCGUUACCGACAACGCUAUGGUGUGGAGGCUCUCUUACAUCGGCAGCUGAAGGAACGCAGAAUGCUGGCUACAGAGGGUGCUGGCCAGCAGGCACAUACUACCCGUUCUAGCCAGAGGUGUUUGGCCUUUGUAGAUGAUGUUCGAUGUUCCAACCAGUCUCUCCCAAUGACAAGACAUUGCCUUAUUCAUAUUUGCCAGGACACCAAUCAACUCCUAUUUAAAUUGUGCCAAGGGUCAGAAGAAGCACCCUGUAGCAAACCAGUGCCUGUAAACCUUUCUGAAAAUCCCUGCUGCCCACUCCAUCUACAGCUACCACCUCAGAUGUAUAUUCCUGAACAGGUACUGUGUGUUCCUGAGGAACUGGAAACCGCUUCCACGGAUCUCUACUUGAGUGCAGCUGAACUCUGCCCCACAGAGAGUUUGCCGCUGGAGUUCAGUGAUGACUUGGAUGUUGUUGGAGAUGGUAUGCAGUGUCCCCCUUCUCCUCUGCUUGCUGAUGCUUCUGCUGCCCUUGAGAACCAACUGAGCAAAAAUGUGGCUGAAGCUCCCAUAAUUGUAUGCUCAGAUGAAGAAUCUGUUCGACAAGGACUUCCAACACAGGCAGGAAGGGGAAGUUUUCCCAGACAAAUUACACUCCUUGCGUCGGAACCUCCACAAGAGCCAUCAGCGCAGAAUACGCAUCAUCUUGUGACAAGUGGAUCAAAGUUGGAGGACGAUAAGAAAGACGAACCUGCAACCAAUGGGAAUUCAGAACUAUCAGCUAUCAACUGAGAUGGGGAAAAAAAACUGUCUGCUGUCCGAUAAAGCAUCUGCUGCUGCUCUUGAACUCCUUUUGGCUUCCAGUGUUUU